AUGAAGGAUGCAAAAGAUAUCAAGAUGAGUGGGGAUGUGGCGGAUUCCACGGAUGCUCGAAGUGCCCUCAGCCAGGUGGAGACAGGAAAUGAUCGAAAUGGCCUAGAUUUCAACAGGCAGAUUAAAACUGAGGACCUCAGUGACUCCUUGCAGCAGACCCUCUCGCAUCGGCCAUGUCACCUGAGUCAAGGACCUGCCAUGAUGUCUGGAAACCAAAUGUCUGGGGACAUGACCUCCCUCCAUCCGCUCCAGCAGCUCGUGCUGGUUCCUGGCCACCUCCAGUCCGUAUCCCAGUUCCUGCUAUCCCAGACCCAAUCUGGGCAACAAGGUCUGCAGCCAAAUCUUCUCCCCUUUCCGCAGCAACAGAGCUCUCUCCUCCUCCCGCAGACCGGGCCUGGCCUGGCGUCCCAGGCAAUUGGGCGCCCCGGGCUGCCGGGAUCUUCUUUAGACCCCCAUCUGGAAGCGUCCCCACAUCUCCCAGCACCGAAGCAUCUACCCAGCUCUGGAGGGGCUGAUGAGCCCAGUGACCUGGAAGAGCUGGAGAAGUUUGCCAAGACCUUCAAGCAGAGGCGCAUUAAGCUGGGUUUCACACAGGGAGAUGUGGGGCUGGCGAUGGGAAAACUGUACGGUAAUGACUUCAGCCAGACCACCAUCUCGCGAUUCGAGGCCCUCAAUCUGAGCUUCAAGAACAUGUGCAAGCUCAAGCCACUGCUGGAGAAAUGGUUGCACGAUGCAGAAACCUCUCCAUCGGACCCCUCGGGGAGCACCCCCAGCUCUUUCCCCACCCUCAGUGAAGUGUUUGGUAGGAAGAGGAAGAAACGGACCAGCAUCGAGACCAAUAUCCGCCUGACUCUGGAGAAGAGAUUUCAAGAUAACCCCAAACCCAGCUCAGAAGAGAUCUCCAUGAUUGCAGAGCAGUUGUCCAUGGAGAAGGAGGUGGUGAGAGUCUGGUUCUGCAAUCGACGUCAGAAGGAGAAGCGAAUCAACUGCCCCGUGACCACACCCAUCAAAUCUCCCAUCUACAACUCCCGCUUGGUCUCUCCCUCUGGGUCUCUGGGCCCCCUCUCUGUCCCUCCUGUCCACAGCACCAUGCCUGGAACAGUGACGUCAUCCUGUUCCCCUGGGAACAACAGCGGGCCUUCGUCUCCCGGCUCCGGACUCCACGCCAACAGCCCCACUGCAUCUCAAAAUAACUCCAAAGCGGCAAUGAGCGCCUCCGGUUUUAACUCUUCGGGAUCUUGGUACCGAUGGAAUCAUCCCACCUACCUCCACUGAGACCAAAAAGUUUCUCCUAAUCCACCUGGCCCUGUAUUCCCCACUGGAAGGAAGGGAAUCACGCCUUCUGUGUACGGACAGCUUACGGUCGGAAGAGUGAAAGAGAAUCCCCACUGUCAACCCAAACUCUUGCUUCUUCAGGAGCGAGGGCCCCCAGAGAUCUCAACUGUGAUUGAAGCAUGUGCGGACUCCUAGUGCUCUUGAAACAUAUGCCCCUCCUCGCUGUUUACCAUUUUCACCUUCCUUCCCCGUGCUCCUAUCUCCUAGUUCUAAAUAUCUCAGACGGCUUCACUGUGGCAGUAGUCUCUCGGAGAAAGGACAUCUUGCCACGAUUUCCCAAUGCAUCCGUGGGCCUCUCGGGGGACAGACGUUUGCCUGCUGUGCCAAACAACCGGAAGGAGAGAUGACGGUUUUGACUCUGAACUCAGCCUCCAACCUCUGAACCGAUUCUAAAAUCUGUGAAAAGAUUUGAAUCUGAUGUCUCCACCAAAGACUUGAUGUUUUCUCCGUUCAGCAAACUUUUCUGACUGAAUCUUCAUUUCACCCCAUUUUCUCUUUAGCCCCCUUUUCUAGAACCAAGAUCCAGUCGUGAUUGCCUUCUCCAGGUUCUCUCUUCUUUACAGAAGGCCGAGCCACCCUCAGCCCCCGGGGCAUGUUUCUCUGCCCACAGGUGCUCUUUUGUUUGCUAUACCUGCCCCGGAGCUCAGGAGUGCUUACUCCUCUCCCUCCCCGUCCUUACCUGGGUCCCCUCUCUCCCUCCCCGCCCCCCAACCCCGGCUGCAGAAGAAAGGACACAAAAGCAAAUACGUA